AUGCCGGAACUCUCCAUUGCAACAAAGCAGUUGACACGCUGUGCCGUACUCCUCUUUUCAUUCCUCUCCUUCGCUCACUUGCACCUUGCACAACAGCUGCCCAACACUUUGUACUACUCCAAUGAAUCGCUCCACCAAGCUCUAAACAACCAAAGCACUGACGCAAAUGGCAUCUGUUCACCAGAAAGGAUUGGGGCUGGCCCUCGACCCGAGGUCGAUACUCCCGAAGAGUUUCUGAAUUUUACCACGCUCUUCGCCACAGCACGCAUCGCCAGCACGCCCCUUGGAUAUAAACUGGUCGGCCAAGCGCUAAAUGGCUCCAUGUAUGGAAAGGUUUUUCAAGGUCUUUACUACCUCGACGAGUACAAUCCUGCACUGUGUGCGUCGGAAUGCAACGAAAUUGAAGAUUGCAGCGCAUUCAAUGUUUACUAUGAACGAGACCCAACCAUCAGUCCAAGUUACAACGGGUGUCCGAACCCUCCGUCUACCACAAACAUCAAAUGUGUCCUCUGGGGUCAAUCCAUAAAUACGGAUAUCUCGCUGAAUUGGGGCGAAGACAGAUGCGACUUCAAGGUUGUCAUCGCUGGGUCAAACUGCUACAUAAAGCAAGCCGCACGCAACAAUCUCACUGACCUUGGCUUUUUUGGACCCCGUGGCGAGUAUGUCUCAAUUCUCUGGGAUAGUUCUCUGCCCCAGUAUACAGUCAACCUUGUUUCAAUGACCAAGGCACUUGUGAAUUAUAGCCAGAUGAUUGAGCCUGAAGAUGGCUACCUGACCUUCCUCGAGGUCUAUCGCGAAAUUUAUGCAACAGACGGCGAAGGCCCCAGCUACGAUCCCGCAGUAUGUGCUGAGAAGUGCAAUGCUCUCACCAAGUACAACAGUAAAAACAGAGUCAACCAGCAUCCCUAUAUCAACGGCGCCUAUCCCAAAUGCAACAUGUUCAAUAUGUUCGAGGUGUCCAUGAUUUCCGACAACAACCCCAUAGCUUUCGUGUGCUUCUUCUACUCCACGAGCUGGGAUAGCCUGUAUUCAACAGAGAUGAGUGGCGUAGAUCCCGAGGGCAGGCACUUGCAUGCAAGUAUGGUCAAGGUAUACCAACGACUUGAUUACACAGACCCUCCGCUGUGUGCUCUAGAAGAGUGCAAGGGGGCACAGUAUUAUCGGGGUGGUAAUUGCUCAGGAUGGGGCCCUGAGUAUUCCGAUUCGUUUCCAAUCACAAGCCCGACAUCUCAUGGCGAAAUCGUGAUCACUUUGACUUGGAAAUCAUUGAAUGAGUAUUGUUUGAUUUUCGGCCAGCGCCUCGGCUUUGACUACAUAUGCAAUGGAUAUUAG